CAGCAUGCUCAGUGCCAUCAGUGCCAGAGUGCCGCUUUUUAGUACUUGUAGUAGUGGUAUCGGUUCGCGCUUUUAAAAUGCGUUAAAGCGAAAAAGAAAGAGUAGCAAAAUAAAUGAUAGGUAAUCUCAAUUUCGUACGUAACACAAUUUCAAAUUACACCAUCACAGUGUUCUUCCGAUAAGUUACUUUCCGUGCAAUCGCACGUGCAAUUUUAUCUCUUACGUAUGAUGAACGUGCCCGUCGUGCCUCCCGGCCAGUAGUCACGAGAACGAAUGUGAGGUUUGGCGCUAACAUAACCUACUUACGAUCGUUGCAAGAACCAGCAAGAACGUAGGUUUUUUUUUUUUUUCAAUGCAACGGCUUUCACCGAUGUUAUUUCGGUAGCCUGGCCUGAGAAAUGAGGGAGCUAGAGGAAGUCAACUGCGAGAUUCGCAGGAUCGUGAAUCUUCAAUUUCCAGUGUCAAACUGGUUAAAGAAUUUAGAGUACGGUUCGCAAUCUGCGAACCUCCAAGAGCACGACAGCGUCAGUGAUUGCCGUGGGGGAUUCCUGCACGAUGCGACGUACGCUUGGCUGAGCUACGGCUGCCACUUGAUAGUCUUCAAUGUGAAGAUAGGAGAGAGCAUUAGCAGUUGGACGUUUCGUGGCGUUGUAACAUCCGUUUCCCAAUUUCCCGCGCAAUCUGGAGAAUUUCCAUUGCUGUUGGUUGGAAUAGAUAAUUGUGCGAGCAAACUAAAAGAUUCCUCUGGUUUAGUAUGUAUAUUUGAUUGUACCACAUCCCGCGUCUUAAGAGCUAUACGCAUGCCAUGCGGGAUAGAACAAGUAUGCAUUGUGGCGGGUGGUGCGGAAUGGGAGGAAUUCAAUGAUAAGAGGUCCGAUAAUGUAUUAAGCGAAAUGGAUGGAAUGGCUUGUGUAGCUUUGCGUAACCUUCACCAUAUCAUGAUUGAUCUCCGGAGAACUAUAUGGGACACGCACGAUUUAUCUGUCGUUCGAGACGAAACGUCACCGGCAGAGAUAGACUUUUCUUCGACGAAACAAAUUCGCGGUAGAGAGAGACGUCAAUCCAUUCGAGAAAAGCAUGCAGCUUACAAUUUGCUCAAUGACCGUAUAGAAAAACACAUUGGCUUUAACAGAGAAGAUUUUGAAUCGUCUCCUUUGCUCGGCGAGAGUCUGACCACUGUGAUCAUUAGUUCUAUAAAAAUUGGUUGUUUAAUCUCCGGCUGUUUGGGCAGAGUGAUAAUUUGGCAAAACGACGGUUCCAUAGGAUGGAUCAGUACACCUAUCGACGAGAACAUGAUGGUUACGCAUUUGGCUUUGUUGGAACCCACGGACGAUCCUAGACCUUUUUAUUAUCUGUGGGUAGUGUUUCAGGACGAAUUGGCCAAAGCGCCACCGAUAUUGCGAAUGUACGCCAUGUUAUUUGGGAGGAAAUACUGUGACAGAGAGAUAAAUUUAUACUUUAAUUUGGAAGAUGAUCCCAGUUUGAAGUUUGAAACGGAACUGAACGAAGGAGACAAGGUCGUCGGUUUAUGUACCAUUGAGAGAGAAUCUAAUCCGGAACAGACCGAAUCGGUCAGUAGAAGAGGCGAGGAUAAUCUGUUGCUUAUCGCGACCAAUGACAGAGUAUUUCUGUUUGAUCUGAAUCAAUGGUACAAAGAGCAAAUGCCGCACACCAUCGGCGAGUGUCAGAAUCCAAAUAGUAUAUUGGCAACUUAUCGUACACGAUCGGAUGCGCGAAACGAAGGUGACAAUCGGGUCGCGAGUUUCGCAUAUAACCCGCAUAGUUUGCAAGAGUUCUCCAGCAAUAGCCCGAGCUCACCCGAAGAACUCUUCUACCCCAACUCCUUGUCAUUCGAAUGGAUGGAGUUGAGCACGACGAAACUGACGUUUUGGAUGACACGUGGCAUUCAGACUGACCUGCUGCGCGAAAUAGCUACGGCGGGUCCAGCCGUACUGAUACAGCCGUUCGAUACGUUUCACAGAUGUCUCUCCGUCGGACUGAUACCGUUCAAUUCGGAUUGCUCGUUCGCCAGCGAUCAGAACGCCCAACGAGAAAUGUUGCUGUCGCUCUGCUUGGAACAGCGAUGGUCCACUUUUCUGAUAAAAUGCGCCAUAGAGUGGUCGGACGGUAGUGCCUCUUAUUUGUAUCCCACUUUUCUCAAGUGGGGCGUCCAGAGAGCUUCUACGAUAAAAAUAAUUGCGGAUCGGCUCUGCAUUCCUUUGUUCGAUCAGUCAGGCAGCAGCAUUGGCGAAGCUGACGUGAAAACUUUGCGAUUUUGCUCACAGCAAUUGGAAUGUUUGUCAAAUGUAGUGGGUAAAUUGCCGCCCGCAACGAUGGAUUUGACGAAGCAACGAAGAACGUUGAGACGCGUGUCCACGUAUUUCCAAGUACUCCUUUGGUUCUAUGACGUAGGACUGUUGCCCGAAACGCAAGAUUUGGAGGAGAAGGAAGAUGAAGAUGAAGAUGAAGAUGAAGAAGAAGAAGAAAUGGAGGGGACGGCGGCAGCGGAAGCGGAGCGAGAACCAAAAGAGGAAAAGAAAACUCUAUCCAUCUCUUUAGCACUAAGAGUGCCUUAUCCCUAUGAAAAGCUUUCGGUGCUUUAUAGAGAGAAACGAGCACAGCUUUCGAAGAGAAAGAAUGGCAGCAAUGACGAGAACGAACAAGAUUUGUUUAUCGACGAGCUGAUAACUCGCGAAUGUUCUACAUUGAAAGCACAGUGGGAAAGAGAGGGUAGCGUCUCCAUGCAUGGCUGCUAUCCACCGCCAUCGCUGCAAUCUUUACUACGAUCUUAUUUAACCGACUGUCAUCAGACGGAAGCGAAUGAAAUUAGUUGCAGACAUCAAAUCACAAUUUAUCUUUUGAUGGACCUGGCUAUGCUGCUGCAGCGGCUGUAUCCGGCGGUAAAACAGUUGAUCAAAUAUCCGUCCGCGUUCAUGAUGAGCCCUAGCCUCAUCAAGCUCACCCAGGCAUUCUGGUUACUCGAUCACGAGAAUUAUCAGGAAUUUCUCGACACGAUUACCGGCCAGUUAGUCUGCGACUCCGACAUCAAGGAUUGGCAUCACAGACUCGUGUUGCGCACUCUGGUGCGGAACAAUCAACACAAGCUGGCGCUCGUGUACCUUCGCGUGAGAAAACCUCCUCUGUCUUCCAUGGAGGAACAAGGUAUGGCGAUGAGCCUCUCGGUGGAGCACGGUCUGGUGCAGUCCGCUUUCCAUCGUCGGCCACCCUGUCACUACGAACAACUGCUAACCAGCUUCUUUCGAGCGUGCAAGAGAUACGAUAAGCUCGACGAAAUUCUGCAUUUAGUCUUAGACUCGGAAGAGGAGGAUGUGUUCGUCAAGUUUCUCGAAGAGAACAAGAUGGAAGAUUUGCGAUUGCUGUACUAUUUGCAACGAUGCCGAUACGCGGAAGUAAUUGGCGGCGGUUAUCCGAUACGACGAUAUCAGUCCAAUUUGAUCAAGGACGCGCAGUCCACGUCGUUCAGUAUGCUCGGCGCGUACGACACGACCUUGCCUGACGUCACGAAACGAUUUUCCACGAACGCGGCCGCGAUCACAAAUUCGGAUGCGGAUCUGAAAGUGCGCUAUUCCAGACCAAUGUCGCAUCGCAAGAGCCACGACCAGUUGCGCAGUAUAUACGAAACGGUCAUCACCAAGGCCAAAGAAACCUAUCAACGAGGAGAGAAGAGCCAGAUUCCGUUUGUCAGUGCGCCCUGCACGUCCUUGAGGCUCAACACUUACAGCGUAAAUAUGAACUGCGUGUUGUUCCCGGCGCUGAUGCGUAAGAGUCGCGGUAAACGCACGGUUGGUGAAAUUUACGAAGGAAACGAGAAGUAUACGGAUGACCUGUCGGAUGACGUAAAACGCCGGAAGCUAUCGGACGGGAAUGUCUCACCGGAAUGUAAGCGACUUUCGAAAGAAUCAGAAUUAAUGAAAACGUUUGAGACACCUUUGGUAAAGCGCAAACCUAACGCCUCCACGGACAAGGAUCGUGUUCCAGAGACACCGCAGUCAAUUUUGAAGAUUAGACAACUUGUAGGAAAUUCAAGCGAGUCUUUUACCGCUACGCUCCAAGCAAAGGACGUCGUCACCGAUAGAUUGUCCGAGAAGGAGAGAAAAAUUAAUAGACAGAUACGCUUUAAUAUCAAUCAAUGCAUGAAAACUUUGGCAUAUGACGAAGAGGAGCAGGAGCAGGAGCGGGAAGAAGAAGAAGAAGAAAAAAAAGAGGAGGAGGAAAGGAAGCGAGAAGAGAAUAUUAACGAGACCAAUAUUCUUCCGAGUUCGAACGAAGCGAGUAACGAUGCGUUCUUUAGUCCAAAUUCGAAUAGCAAAUCAGCGUAUUGCGAAAGCGCAAUUUUGAGUGAUAAUAGCGGUACUUCCGGUAAGAUUUAUUGUUACGCCCGUCCGCGACCUAGUCUCAGAAGAAGUGCCUUACAAUCGUCCGUGCAAGUGCCAGAGGAAUUUUGCGCGAGGAAAUCGAGUGGUUCCUCCGCAGACUCGUCCAUCGCGACAACUUGGUCGACUUCCGAUCAAAGGAUGAACAAACCGUUUAUCUCAGGUACAUCGAGGAGACGUAGUUCCACGACGUCCACUUCCGUCUACUCGACCUCCGUACUGUCCCCCGACAGUAGCGUCGACUUGAGUUACUCGAGAAGAUCAGGACGCACCAGUUCGUCGCAAUGGAGAUCGUCCGUGGUAUGUGAUGACGUUCAUGGCAAGGAUCAUAAAUUCGCCAUUUCGUCUACUCCACUUACAAAGAUUAUAGUUGCUCAAACGUCCAUUCAUGAGAAGCGAACGAUGGAGGAAGACGACUCGAGUAACGUUUACGAGAUGGAAAUGGAGAAAGAUGUUGACGUGAUAAGCGAGUCCAAGAGACCUGUGGACAUUGAACGACCUGAUUGCAGCAAUGGAAACGAUCUCGCGAAACAAGGAGAUGGUACGGAGAAUAGUACGAGACAGAACAAAUACAAUAACGGAAGAAUUGCGAGGGAAGUUGGUUCGAAUUUACAAAAUGAUGACUACGAGAUGCCCGUACCGUCUGAAUCUGAAAAAAUUGCGGAAUCGAGUCCGAUUGUUUCGGACGAGUCCGAGAACGAGGACGAGGAGCUAGUUCGAUUGCAAGACGAUUGCGAGGAUAAUGACGAACACGAGGAGACAUUCGAGAGUCUAUCGGAUACGCCGAUGCAUUUGGAAAGUCAAGUUCCCGCUUCUCGUUUGUCCCACGAAACUUGGAAUCCGGGACACGGAACGGAAGAUUGUAGCGUGACGAAACCCAACGGCUUACGAGAAUCGAUACGGAUAAUGAAUGAUGUUGAUAUGACCGACGACGAAUCUGUGAAUAGCAGAACUACGACACCGGCAGUACCUGAUGAAGCGGAUAAUAAUAAAGUAAAGACUCUAGAGUCUAUGCCAAUCGUUCAUUCGGAGCACACGCUAUGCGACAUGCCGAUUAUUACGGACGAUGAGUCCGAUUCCAGUGUUAGAGAAACUGAAGAGCCAAAAGUGAAACGUGGUAGAUAUUCCAAUUUACAAGAAUCCCACGUCACUGAGAGUAUCCAGGUGAAGAAAAACGGUGAGGAAUCUAAUCGAGUCGACGAGGAGUCAGGUGGAAGAGAGAGUGUUGCGAAGAAAAGUUUCGCCAAGACAUCUCCACUGCGGUCCGAUGCCGAUGACAAGUCGAACAACAUUUUUUCGAGCUAUGUAAAACUGUGCAAAAUAGACGACGAGGCCAAGAUCAACGACGACGAGGAGGAGGAGGAGGAGGAGGAAAAGGAAGAGAAAGAGAAAGAGAAAGAGAAAGAGGAGGCCGUACCCAAAGAGACGGCCGAGAGGAAGCUGUCGGAUGCUCAAAGUAUCUCGAAAAGUGAGAGGAAUCAAGUUGAAAACACGGAUGUUUCAUCCGUACGUGUGACUAGAUCACGUAGAGCAAGUUCGAUAGCAAGAGAUAUAGCAAAUACUUCGGUGCGGCAAGAACCGGAGAAAAUUAUGAAUCGUUCACGAAGAGCGAGCUCGAUGACGAAGGAUUCUCUGUUUCAAAGUAUAGGGAGACCUUCCUCGCAUGGAUUGCACAGCGCGGAUUCGACAGUGACAGCGUCAGGUACAGGCGCUGAGGAAGCUCCGUCUCCGCGAGUGCUAGAUCUUGAAAAAAUGUCACGUUCGAGGAGAGCGAGCUCGACGGCGAAGGAGGUGAAGAUGGAUUCUCCUUUGGGAAAGUUACGUGGCCGAAGAGCGAGUUCUCUCGCAAAGGACGUUCUAAUGACGUCGAUGACGAUGGACGAGAAUCUUGAGCGGCAAUCGGAAAAUCGGGAAUCCGACGCGCAACGGUCAGCGAGAAGAGGUCGCAGAUGCGCAUCCGUAACGAAGGAGAUGCUGCGAGUCGAGACGAAAGAUAAUGACUCCGAGAGCGUCAAGGACGGUGAGGAACUAUCGGUGAGAAGAAGCACGAGACUCGCUUCUUUCGCCAGAAAAGAAUUACAGGCGGACACCUCUGUGGCUGAGGGGAAUUUCGCUGAUUGCGAGACGAGAUCGGAAAGCGGAGCGUCGUUCGUCACGAGAUUGACGAGGGGGGGCGAUGACGAGGAGAACGCCCUUGAGAACAAGAGGUCCUCGCGCCGUGCGAGAAAGUCUUCGGUAUCGUCCGACGUAUCCGUAGAUGGUGCAACGACAAACAGAUCAUUGAGAUCAUCCACGAGGGAUUUGGAUAAGGGAUUUGGACGUUCGAAACAGCAGUCUGUUGUUAAAACGACUCGGAAACGACGCGGUAGUUCGGUACCCAAGGAGCUGACGGCGCAGUCCAUAGAAGAAUCACGGCGACGUAGAUCUAGUAGUGUCGUCAAAGAGAUCAUCCCGGAGGUCGCCGAAGAAGAGGAGGAGGAGAAGGAGGAGGAAUCGAGGACGUCCGGAAGUUAUAUCGCCACGAGAGAUACCGUAAGAUCCAAGGAGACCGUGAUCGAUAGAUUAACGACAAAUGCGCGCAUUCGAAGCACGUCCGUAUUGUCCAUACCGGAGGAAUUGGAAGAGAUUUUAAAUUCGCCGUUGAGAGAGACGAGAUCCACCCGGAGAAAGGCUAUGCAAAGUAAUGUCAGAGAGAGAAGAGCGUGUAGCGUCGAUGUGACACAGAUGGAGAUGAAAAAGAGAGUCGGAAGUAUGGUCGCGACGAGUAUUGCGCCGGUAUCGCCGAUAGCGGAAGAGCCUGUGGAAAGUGAGGAUGGAGUUAAACUUGAUAAAGUUGAAAGGAUGGAUAGUGAAAUCGUGCAAGAUUCGCCAGCGUCCAAAAGAAGGACAGCGUCAACCGCGACGAUCGAAGAGACGAAAAAGAACACGGUGAAGCCGAAACGAGGGAGACCGCGUAAGAUCAGCGUGAGUCAAGAGUCCAGCGAUCUAUAUUCCUUCUCGCUGCCGGAAAAGAUGGAUGAUGUGCCAUCGAGUGAGAAAGACAUUGGAGAAGUACCGAAAUAUGUGUUUUCACCGCCCCAAACCAGAUCUAAAAACAUCUCUUCGAAUCAACAUCGUAGAAAAAUAAGCUCGUUCAUACCGAGUUCUUAUCAGGAAGGACAACAACGGCCCACUAUUAUUAAGAAACCUCAUGGCAUCGUCGAUUCCGGUCAACAUGCUCGUUUAGUCAAAAACACUUAUGGAUCGCGAUUUCGAAAAAGAUUCGUUGUAUUGAAAAGAUCCAAAAAUACAACAGAUUAAAGAAGAAAACUUGUCGCAAGUUCUGACGAAUCCGCACAUCACGCACAUUUUGGUUUUGUAAAUCUUUCAAUUUACUUGUAAAUUUAUUUUGUAUAUUUUUUGUCCCAUUUCUACAUUUUUUUUUUUUAAUUUUUAUUAUACGCGCUUUUGUCAAAACGACCGAAAUUACUCGUUGCAAAGGAUUAAGUUUUAGCACUUAUAGGCGCGAAAUGGUACGUGAAAUAAAAGAAAUAUUAGAUAACGUUACGUAAAGAAUGUUGACCAGUUUCAGCGUCUAUAUUUGGAUAAAAAUAUAGUACAAAGUAAUUUCUCUAAUAUGAUGAACAACUACGAAUGCUGAUAAUCAUAGAGUAAAAGAUUGGACUGUAUUCUAGUUAAAAAAAGGAAAAACAAUCGCUUUACUUAAUAUUGGUACUCUAGUGGGCAAACAAGUUCAAUAUUGUUUGUAAAGAUAAAACAACUUUAAUAAGAUGAAGAAUUUGAUAUUUUUUUCUUUAUGGACAAAUAAAUUUCUUUCAAUACUCCGAUGAUUAGCUAAUGUAUUCUUUUUUUUCUGACAUGAAUUAUAAAUUUAAGUUAUGGUUGGGGAAAAUCAACUAUUUUUCGAACUUUGAUCUUUCUUUUGUCUUCAAUAACGUAAACUUUCAAAAAUUAUUUUUAUCAAAGAUACUAUGUAAAUUUGCAUAAUUGAAUUAAAUUAUAUUAUUAAUUAUACAUGUCGUGGCAUAAGAAAAAAAGAUUACGUUUCCUACAACUUCGUAUCGCAUAUAAGUAUCGUAUUAUUUCUAUAUCGAUACACGAAUUGGCAAGUGGAGGAAAAUAUGAAACUACAAUGAACGUCGUGUCUCAAAAUAUAUUCUAACGAUAAAUUAUGAAAAAUUGAAAUAAUUAAACAAUGUAUUAUAUCAAACAUCGACACACAUUCGCGCGCGCGCGCGCGCGCACACAUUUUUUUAUCAUUACAAUAAUAUUCAUUCCGUUUACGUACAUUUUUAAAAGAUAUACUACUGUCAGUUCCUUUUUAUAAUAUUUUUAGAUUUUCAUUUUGUAACACAGGAUUCUUCGCUGCACACUUUGCAUAUAAUAUAAUACAGCCCCCUUAUAAUAUUUUCGGCAAGAAGACGAUGUAUCAUAUCUUUGUAAAUAAUUUAUUAACAUGCUCAUGUAUAGUUGUAUCGAUACACAAUAAACGUAAAAGAAAGGUAA